AUGACAGCAGAAAUAGAUUUUGCAUUGCUCCCAAUUCAAAGAGACUGGGAUCUCAGCUUCAUCAAUGGGGCUUUGUCCAUUUCACGUCUCCCAAAAAAGGUUUCAGGAUUCCAUGAAUUCCUGCAGGACAGAAAACCAGACACCGAUCAAGAGGAUGGCUUUAUCGGGGACUUCUGGCAGCAGGCAUUCAUGUGUUCUUUUCCCAGGCUCAAUUUAGACGAGUCCCCUGAAAAUAUCUGCACUGAGGAGAACAAGCUGGAGACUCUUCCUAUGUCUGUUUUUGAAAUGAGCAUGACCAGCCACAGCUACAGCAUCUACAAUGCUGUCUAUGCUGUUGCACAUGCUUUGCAUGACAUGGAUUCAUCCAAGUUCAAACACAGAACAACUGGGAUCAGAGACCUUCAAAAAAAUGCAGCCAUGGCAGAUAGCAACAAUUCAAAAAAGGAAUAUGCUGGGUGGCUUCAUCACUUCCUAAAAUGUGUUAUAUUUAACAACACUGUUGGUGAACAGAUUUCCUUUAAUAAAAAUGGGGAAUUGGUAUCUGGGCUUGAUAUCGUCAACUGGGUCACAUUCCCCAAUGAGACCUUUAGUCGAGUGAAAGUGGGAAGAAUAGAUCCACAGUCUCUACCAACCGUUGAGUUCACUGUUCAUGAGGAUGCCAUGGUAUGGCCCAGCUGGUUCAAUCAGGCACAACCUCUUUCUUUGUGUAAUGACCAUUGUUAUCCAGGUUAUAGUAAAAGAAAGAAGGAAGGGAAGCCAUUUUGCUGCUAUGAUUGUAUUCCAUGUCCAGAAGGGAAGAUUUCUGCCCAGAAGGAUGUAGAUAACUGCUUUCAGUGUCCAGAAGAUCAUUACCCAAACAAGAAGAGGGAUUUCUGCAUCCCCAAAUCUCUAACUUUCCUCACUUUUGAAGAAGCUCUGGGGACAAGUCUGGCCAGCUCUGCUCUUUUACUCUUUUGUGUGACUUCUGUGGUGCUUGGGAUCUUCCUCAAACACCGGGACACUCCCAUUGUCAAGGCCAAUAAUCGGACCCUCACCUACACCCUCCUCCUCUCCCUCCUGCUCUCCUUCCUUUGUGCUCUGCUGUUCAUUGGAAAGCCACAGAAGAUGACCUGUCUCCUUCGUCAAACAGCUUUUGGCAUCAUCUUCUUGGUGGCCAUUUCUUCAGUCUUGGCAAAAACUAUCACUGUGAUUCUUGCUUUCCAAGCCACCAAGCCUGAAUGCAUGUGGAGGAAAUGGUUGGGGAAAAGAAUGGCCACGUCCAUUGUUCUUUCCAGCUUGCUCAUUCAAGCCACCAUUUGUACAGUGUGGCUGUCUACCUUUCCACCAUUUCCUGAUCUUGAUGUGAACUCAAUGGCUGAAGAAGUCAUUCUGAAGUGUAAUGAAGGGUCAAUCACCAUGUUUUAUUGCCUCCUGGGUUUUAUGGGUUUCCUGUCCAUUUGCAGUUUCACGUCAGCUUUCUUUGCCAGGAAGUUGCCUGACAGUUUCAAUGAAGCCAAGUUCAUCACCUUCAGCAUGUUGGUCUUCUGCAGUGUGUGGAUUUCCUUUGUGCCAACAUACUUGAGCUCCAAGGGGAAAUACAUGGUGGCCGUGGAGAUCUUCUCAAUCUUAGCUUCCAGUGCUGGAUUACUUGGUUUUAUAUUUUUCCCCAAAUGCUAUAUCAUUAUUCUGAGGCCUGAUAUGAAUACAAAGGAGCAAGUAAUGAAAAGAAAGCAUUAA